GACGGUGCGAUGGACUUCCUGAAGGACCUAAACCAACCGAAGGUGUACGAGCUGAAGAAAGCCUUCUGUUUGUUCGAUCUGGACGGUGACGGCAUCAUCAGUGAGCAGGACUUGCGGAAUACCUUCCUGACGCUGGGGCUGGACAAAUCCGAUGGCGAGAUUAUGAAAAUGUUCGAUGGUGUUGUGCAACCGCUCAAUCUGGACGUUUUUCUGCUGCUCAUUCUGCAGAGGGCGAACGGCCUAGCACCGAUGGACGUUAUGGUGAACGCUUUCCGCCAGUGGGACAAAACCAACACUGGCUUCAUCGAUAAGGAAAAGUUUAUGUUCGACAUCAUGAGCUACGGUGACCGAUUUACACCGGACGAAGCCGAACAGGCCCUGGAAGAUGCGGCCGUGACCCGUGGACCACAGGUCAACCGGGAUGGCCAGCUGGUGGAGAAGUUCGACUAUGUUGACUUUGCAGAGAAUAUUUCCGGCUUCCAGAAGACAGAGCACAAAGUUGAAAAUUGA